AUGUCACAACUAACAAUAGGCCAAGUCCACAACACAUACCUACAGGCUGACAUCACAACCCUCCGCAAGAAAGUGGGAGAACUCACAAGUCAUAACGUUCAGCUGCAAAAGUUUCCUGAAGCCUCAAAAAACCUCACGACGAAAGGUCCUGACACAACCCGUAUCCGCACCGCCAUCCACACUUGUGCCGGCCUCAUCAACAACCUCCUCCACUCGAGCCUCGACCACUGGAUCACGCUCAAGGACGCAGCUAUACUGCACAUGAACACCGCGGAGAAGCUCAAUCUUGACAGCCACUUAUCUGGCAUCACUGCGCUGAGACAGCAGUAUCAUGAGUUGUGUGUGGGGAUUAACCAAUUCCUGGCCUGCUACGACGAGCAGAUCAGUAUCGCGGGAGAGAAAGAGGAGGAAGAGGAAGAGGAAGAGGAAGGUUGGCUCAAUUUGUCAGAGCAUCGACUAAUGCACUACCGUGAGGAGGCGGAGAAGCUGGAUGAGCUUGUUGACGACCUUGAAGACGUGGCGGUAGAUUUUAAGGUCGUACUAGAGGACACCGAGGACGCCUCUUCCGAAGAGGACGAACCGAUGUUUGACUUUGGGCGUGACAAGGGUCUGCCAAGGGCGAUGAUGGCAGGGAAGAAGGUGGACCAAAGGGCUGCGACGGGGGAAUAUAGAAAGCAGAUUAGGGAGUGUGUUGCAGUAGUAGAUGGGUGUCUGUCGCGAGUGAGGUAUUGGGAUUUGAUGAGUAGUAUGAAGUUCCUUGUUGAGGAAAAUGAGAAGGAGUCGCAGGAGGAGAUGAAAGAGGUGGCAGAGAAGUCAGAAGAUACGAAGAGGAGGUUUAGCGCGCUCUGUCAGGAUCUGGAGGCGGGUAUGAAUGUUUGUGGAGAUAGACUGAGGGGGUGA